AUGGACAAGGACCUCGCGGGUAGGGAGAAUAGCACCAGUGCAGACCACAUUUACUGCCUCAAAGUUGAUGGUAGCUGGAACCCGUCCACUGGCAUGAUGGGGGGAGCCGCUGUGCUUCUUGCUCCUGACGGGUCUUGGGCAGAAUUAUGGGCUGUGGAACUUGGGCUGAGCCUCGCGUGGGAGAUGGGAAUACGCAGCUUGAGCCACGAGUCGGAUUGUCUCCAGGUCGUAAACAUCCUACAAGCUCCAGUUGUGGCGGACUCCUUCUGGGAUCGUGACGCAAUUCUGGAUGUCAGGGCAUGGUUUCAGCGGGAGUGGCAGAUAAAGCUCAACUCUUUGCCAAGGGAACAGAACAACACAACAGAUUUCUUCGCCCGAAAGGCGGCACGGGAAGGGACACCGUAUCAGAUAUGGCGUCAACCACCAACUGCUGUCUUUGAGUUAUUGUACUUAGACGCUACGACGUAG